UGUCCUCUUGCCUGGAGGUAUUUAAGCUUCUAAAAUGUCAUCGGUCAAGCCUCUGGUUUAUGCAGUUAUUCGUUUCUUGCGGGAACAAAGUCAGAUGGAUGCAUAUACUUCGGAUGAACAAGAGAGUUUGGAAGUUGCAAUUCAGUGCUUGGAGACAGUUUUUAAGAUCAGUUCAGAAGAUACACAUCUAGCAGUUUCACAGCCUUUGACAGAAAUGUUCACAAACACCGUCUGUAAGAAUGACAUUCUGCCCCUUUCCAACUCAGUACCUGAAGAUGUGGGAAAGGCUGAUCAAUUGAAAGAUGAAGGCAAUAACCACAUGAAAGAGGAAAAUUACACUGCUGCAGUGGAUUGUUACACACAGGCCAUAGAAUUGGACCCCAAUAAUGCGGUUUAUUAUUGUAACAGGGCUGCUGCUCAAAGCAAAUUAAGUCACUACACAGAUGCAAUAAAGGACUGUGAGAAAGCAAUAGCAAUUGAUUCAAAAUACAGCAAGGCCUAUGGAAGGAUGGGGCUGGCCCUCACCGCCAUGAAUAAGUUUGAAGAGGCAGUUACAAGCUACCAGAAGGCACUGGAUCUUGAUCCUGAAAAUGAUUCCUAUAAGUCAAAUCUGAAAAUAGCGGAACAGAAGUUAAGAGAGGUGGCUAGUCCUACCGGAACUGGGUUGAGCUUUGACAUGGCUAGCUUGAUAAAUAACCCGGCGUUCAUCACCAUGGCUGCAAGUUUAAUGCAGAACCCUCAAGUUCAACAGCUAAUGUCAGGAAUGAUGACAAAUGCCAUUGGGGGACCUGCUGCUGGAGUUGGAGGCCUAACAGACCUGUCUAGCCUCAUCCAAGCGGGACAGCAGUUUGCUCAGCAGAUACAGCAACAGAACCCUGAACUGAUAGAGCAGCUGAGAAAUCACAUCCGGAGCAGGUCGUUCAGCAGCAGUACGGAAGAACACUCCUGACUUGAUCAGGACCCUCGCCCAGUACACAUAGUUAUGGUUCUGACAUGUCCACCUGUAGACAAUAGUCAAAACAAAGUAACAAAAAAUCCACCCUACACAAUGUCUGAGAAUAAUGGAGGAAAGUCUCUUGUGUUAACCUGAGAGAAUCCAUCCAUUUAGAAAAUAGUUUAUCACAAGCAGACUUGAACAUAUUCCCAACUCCUUUGGAAACAAACCAUCAGUAGCCUUGUUAAGUGCUAAUCCAGCCUUGGAAAAGGGCCCAUCCAUUUUAAAACUUUUAUCAUCAUAUUUGUAUAUCAGACAGUACAGAGUAUAUUUAUUGACUAGUAGGGCUAUUUAUUGGAUAAAGUUCUUUAGCUACAGGUUUCCCUAAGCCAUGGUUUUGAGAGAGAGGCUACUGAGUGGAAAGACUUCUCAUCAUGCUGGUUUAGAAGACAUGUGCCUGGCAACAUGUCAGGAGAGAAACUUUGGUAUGUGCUUCCAUCAGUAACAUGUCUGCCAUGGGCACCAGUACUAUCUUAGGGCAGCUUUUACUGGUGAUGGGAUCUUCAGAUGGCAGGAAGCCAUGUUGGGUGCAGGUGAUGCUUUGAAGAUACUGUGAAUGUACAGAAAGCAAAGGUGGUAUGCUCAGGUUUUCUCUGUAAUUGUAACUAGUCUUGUCUGUGGUGUAGUGUUAAUAGCAUUCGCAUGGCCAGUGAAGUACACAAUGAAACACACUUAGAGAUCCUUAACGGUACUGGUCACGUCAGUGAACACAACUGCUCUAUUAAUUAUCUCAGCUUAAUUGUCACAGUUUCAUUCGUGGGAAACUUACCUAGGGCAAUAUCUUUUUACACUAAAAAAGCCACUGACUUGACCCCAAGUUAUGGGAUUUCUAAGUGGAAUUUAAUUUGUGCCCAUCAACAAUGAUUGUUUUUUAACUUUACCAUUAUUUGCUGGAUAACAAAGGCAUCUAUUGCUAUCAUUGCUCAUUUGUGUAAUCCUCUGCUGUAGUUUGGCUUGGCAUGCCAGUCUUAUGCUUAAUUUUAAUUUAUUGAAAUUUAAACAUAACAGGAGACUUCAAGUAUCUUAUAUUUAUGCAUCUGGCAUAUGGUUAGUAGAAGGAAAUGGCAUGAGAUACUAAUGGCAUGACUCUAGGUACAUUGAUGGAUGAAAAAAAUUCCAGUUUUAAAUGGAAUUGGUUAAAUGGGGGCUGGUAUGUAAUGAUUUUACAUGUGAUGAGGGAAAGGUGAAAAAGAAAGUAAUUUAAAAUUAAUGAGGCAGUAAGGACCUUCCCACAGUUCCUGUAUUUAGUGUCUUGAGGUUUCAAAAGCUUUUCUUUUUUGCCUUUUGUGAGACAGUGGUUUUGUAAUUUCACUAUAAACAUGUUGGGGAGAUGAAUUAAAAAUUCUGAUUUAGGGUCUUAUUAUCAAAUUUGGUUUAGUUCACCGAUUUAAACAGUGCACCAUGCAGUUAGGACUCAACUUUAGAACAACAUAAAGUUGGAGGUCUCUCCUCAAGUAGCCAACAAGCACCUAGGCUCAGGCUCUUGUGGGAUAGACAGGAAACACAGUUCUGGUAGAGAACAGGAGAACCUCUGACAUAGAACUGUGUUGUAUUACCUGUUACAUAGCAUCGAGUGUUCCUUACACAGGGUGAAGCACUCACUGGCUGCACAAAGUUUACAAUCAAAGAAAAUUCGAGGUUGACAACUAAAACAACCACCCAGUGUUGAAUGUUCAUAAUCCUAGAACAUGCUUUCAGUUAAAUAAAACUGGUGAAUCCUUAGUGUGCUGACCAGGAAACAGAAAAUACAAAUUAACAGUAUCAGAGAUGAAAGUGAGAGUGCUUGCCUGGUGUAUGAGACCAUGAGUUCAAUUCCAUCACUGCAUUCAAAAAGAAAAAAAAUAAAAAAAAAAGAGCAGCUAUACUACUGAACAGAUCCUAUAGAUGUUAAAAGGGAAACUAUGGUGGUGGGGAGCAUAGUUCGGUUGGUAGUGCUUAUCUAGCAUGAAGCCCUGGGUCACUCCUUCCCUAUACUGCAUGGAACUGGAAUGACAAGGUGCACUUGUAAUCCCAACAUUUGAGAGGUAGAGGCAGGACCAGUAAUUCAGCAUCAUUCUUGGCUACAUAGUGAGUAUGAUGCCAGCCUGGGAUACAGGAGACCCUGUUUCAAAAAUAAAACAAACAAAACCCCCACUAGGAAACAAAAUAACCCAAAAAGCAAAAAGGACAAUUAGAAAACACUAUGACUUGCCCUAGAAUUUUGUAUUUAAUAACUUUUGGAAACCAGUCUUUGUGAAGAUAACCUGAAUAGGCCAGUCUUUGUUAAGAAAUUUUAGUACUUGCCAGGACAAACAAACAAAAAAAACCCAUAGGUUCAGAUGAUUUCAGUGGUCAACUCUAUCAAAGUCUUAGGAGAGAAUAAUAUCCGCUCUAUAGGACUCUCAGAAAACAGAAGAGGAAGAACUAGUUCACUUGGCCAGCAAUAUCCCGCUAAGAAUGAACAGUUCUCAUCAGUGGCUCUGGAACACUGACUUCCUGUGCUAACAUCCUUAGUAGCUCUUCCUUUUACACAAAAUAGAACUUGUGUGUAUCUUCCAUUUCACUUUUUUUAGUUUGUUUCUUUGGGAACGAAUAUACUGCCAGAUGUCGCUUCCCACUUCAUGGAGUUUCCUUCUAUUCAGGACACCUUUUACUCUUCAGGUCUCUCCAUCACAUUGGAGUCGUCACACUGCAAGCUAUUUUCAGGAUUUGUGUGUGUGUGUGUGUGUGUGUGUGUGUGUGUGUGUGUGUGUGUGUGUGUGUGGCCUGAUUGUGCUAGCUGUCUUAAAAUUCUCAGACACUUCCCCAAGAAUUCUUCCCCUUGUCUGGAAAAUACACUUGCUAAGAGAAGCAGGACAGCAUUGAGUACUUAUAUACAUUCUAAUUAGGAAUGCCUGGCUUCCAUAAGCCCAUUUCAUUGGAGUAGCUGAAACUGUUACUGUGCUAUGCAAAACUGAACAUGCCCUUUUUAUGGAAAUGGAAUUUCAUUUACUGUACCAAAUCAUCACUCUAGUUUUUAUAAUAGUUGACACAGAUCCUUAAUAAGAUGGUAUUUAUCUUACUUUUAUUUAGAGUAUGAAUAGUAUGUACUUAUGUUGUUUAUACACAGAAGAGACUUUGUAAUUAAAAGUAUAAAGCAGAGUAACUUUUAAAUUCUGAAUGAAUGAAGGCAUGGUUCAGUCAUGAGAAGACGCUUGAGAUAAUGCUGAUAAAGACUGACUGGACCAGUCUCUGUCAUCCUAAGGAACCGACUUCAGUUCUCAAUGCUUGCAUUUUGUUUUGCAUAGACAUUCAUCAAUUAUGACUAAUGUGAGGGUCAAGCCUUCUGAAUAUACCUUUCAUUUUUGGACCAAAUAAUUUGUCAUGGCAAUAAAUAAUUAUGCAUUUAAGACAAA